AAACUCCACAAAAACAAGCACAACAUACUUUUGCCUUAACUUAGGAAAACAAUUUAACAUUAGUAUAAUUUUUCCUUUCCUUGGACUUCUAGAAACAUGUUUCUCAAACAACAUACUACUACUAAUAUUCUUUCCACCACAGUUUUGUUGCUAUGCUGCUGCAUGCCUCUCUCCCUCCCCACCGUCCCGAUCCCCAUCCUCGGCCACUUCACCUUCGACGGCAACGAAUUCGCCGGCCGCGAUUUCGGCAACCAGCUCCAUUCCCUUCCCUGGGCCGUCCUCCACCCUAAGAAGGUCUCCGACGUGGCAUCCACCAUCAAGCACGUCUGGCAUAUGGGCCCGGCCUCCGCCAUGACUGUCGCCGCCAGGGGCCACGGCCACUCCCUCCUGGGACAGGCGCAGGCGCCCCACGGGAUCGUGAUCAACAUGGAAUCCCUCCGCGGGGGCGAGAUGCAGUUGGUGAUCAAGGGGAAGUCCCCCUACGUGGACGCCCCUGCCGGUGAGCUCUGGAUCAAUGUGCUCCACCACUGCCUCAAACACGGCCUCGCCCCCAAAUCGUGGACCGACUACCUCCAUCUCACCGUCGGAGGCACCUUGUCCAACGCCGGGAUCAGCGGCCAGGCAUUCCGGCACGGCCCCCAAAUCAGUAAUGUCCACCAACUCGAGGUCAUCACAGGGAAAGGGGAAGUGGUGGUUUGCUCCGAAGACAAGAAUGCUGACCUCUUCCACGGAGUUCUUGGCGGGCUCGGCCAAUUCGGGAUCAUAACCAGAGCAAGAAUCUCCCUCGAGCCAGCGCCUAAACGCGUCAAAUGGAUCAGAGUCGUGUACUCGGAUUUCUCGACGUUCGCGAGAGACCAGGAGAGGCUCAUAUCUGCAGAGAAAACAUUCGACUACAUAGAAGGCCUGGUGAUAGUGAACCGGUCGGGUCUGAUCAACAACUGGCGAUCAUCGUUCGACCCACAGGAUCCGGACGAAGCCAACCAGUUUGUAUCAGAUGGGAGGACUCUCUUCUGCCUUGAGCUCACAAUGAACUUCAACCCUGAUGAAGAAGCUCACAUAGAUAAGGAAAUAAAGUCGUUAUUAUCUGAAUUAAGCUACAUCCCAUCAACGCUGUUUGUUACACAAGUUUCAUAUGUGGAAUUCUUGGACAGGGUCCACGCAGCAGAGCUCAAACUGAGAUCAAAGGGGCUCUGGGAUCUCCCACACCCAUGGCUCAAUCUCCUCAUCCCGCGCAGCAAAAUCCACACCUUCGCCGACGGCGUCUUUGGAAACAUUCUAACUGAUACCAACAGCGGUCCCGUUCUCAUCUACCCGGUGAACAAAUCAAAGUGGGACAACAGAACGUCAUUUGUGACGCCGGAGGAAGACGUGUUCUACCUCGUGGCGUUUCUCCCGCACGCGGCGGAGAGCCAGGGGCUGCAGCAACUGCUGAAUCAGAACAGAAGAAUCUUGAAUUUCUGCGAUUCGGCGCAGUUGGGAGUGAAGCAGUAUCUGCCUCACUACGAAUCGCAGGAGGAAUGGAGGGCCCACUUUGGGCCGCGGUGGGAGAUCUUUGCGCAGAAGAAAUCGGCAUACGAUCCUCUAGCGAUUCUCGCGCCGGGACAGAGAAUUUUUCAGAAAUCCAUAUCGAUUUUAUGACGAAAAACUGGAAUGUCUGAAAAGAGAAAAAACGAUGAUACAGAAAGCUGAAUAUGGGAUUAAAAUAUUGUAUUUAUAUUUAGAUAUAUAUAAAUAUCGCUAUUUUUUUUA